ACUGGUCUGAUUGUUCGGUCUUCUCCCGCAUCUUCUGUCAGUCUCAACAACUCAAGCACCAUGUCUAACACUGAGCGUACCUUCGUCGCCGUGAAGCCCGAUGGCAUCCAGAGGGGACUUGUGGGCGAAGUCAUCAAGCGCUUCGAGCAGAGGGGCUUCAGGCUGGCUGCCAUGAAAAUGGUUGUGGCAUCUGAGGACCUCUGCAAGCAGCACUACAUUGACCUGAAGGACUUGCCUUUCUACCCUGGUCUUUGUACUUUCAUGCACUCCGGACCAGUUGUAGCCAUGAUCUGGGAAGGCCUGAAUAUUGUGAAGAACGUCAGACUGAUGCUGGGAGAGACCAACCCCGCUGACUCAAAGCCCGGCAGCAUCCGCGGAGACCUGUGCAUCACUCUCGGCAGGAACCUCAUCCACGGCAGUGACUCUCUCGACAGUGCCAACAAGGAGAUUGCCCUGUGGUUCAAACCUGAGGAAAUCAUUGAGUACAAGAGCUGCCAACAGGCAUUCCUGUAUGAGUAAAUCCAAUGGACCGGAAUGGAACUGUUUAUUCUCCCCACACCCCAUGAGACUCAUUCAGAAUGUUAACCUGCAACAUGUUCACGUACCAAUUUAUGACUUAAAACACCUGUCAAUAAAACUGAUC